AAGCUGCGAAUAUUCCAAGUGCUGGAUCAUUUCGUCUUUCUUCAUUGUUUGGACACGGGACGUAGCAGGUGUGAGCUGGACUCCUAUAUUUUCCUGCAUUGUUCACAUGCUGCAGUAGUUCACCAAAAAUACUAUUGUUUGAGUGGAAUCCACUAAAUGAUCAUGAAUGAACCAGCAUAGACUUUACCUAUUUUGGCUAUGACUACACCACGUUUUCAGAUACUUCGGAGGUAUGCAAAAAAUAGUGGUUGCCCAUGCAGAAUAAUACAGAUCCUGCUCAACAGGGCAGUCUUCUGGCCUCCAUUGAACCACGUGUGUGAAUUUCUAGCAUGUCACCUGGUCACCAUUGGGCAGCUCCAUACAGCAGAACAGCUGCCCAGGACUGGAGUGAUGGCCGGUGCCAUACUGUGGCAGUGCCAUGGCUGGCUGAGGGGGAUGUGCCAGGCACUGAUGUGGUGCAGUUCUCUCCAGGGAGCCCCUGUCUCACAGACAUGACUGGCUUCACCACCAAUAGAUUUCUUGUUCUUUCUUAAGUUGGGGUUGUAAAGAAUUCCUGUCAGUCAGUCUCCCCAAUAGAGAAAAGCAGGGGACGAGGAAUUCCAGAUAAGGUCUGUAGACAUUCCUGUCGUGUUUGCCCCCAUGCCUGCCGCAUAGCUCCAAGCACAGAAGCGGAACCCGAGCCGUCCACAGGCUAAGCCAGACCAUAACAAGGUGCUGAGGCCUCCCCUUCGUAAGAAAUGGGCGCGACCCAGGACCCACUAGAUGAAACUGUAAGCGAGCACUACCAUUUGUACUACGAGGAGGUGUCAUCUCUCCCCUUCCUUCCAGUGGGCGCGUCCAAACCAUGACUGUGUGCAGUGAGAAUCCAACUACUGUACGUUUUCACACAGAGGCCUGCUCCGAGCCUCCCCGCCUUUAGAGUGGGCGCGGCUAGGCACUGGCUGACAGCAUUGAAGGCGGGCUGUACCACGUCCCCCCUACAGGGGUUUUUGGUGUUGGCUGUAGCGGCCAGUUCCAAGGUGUGAAGUAGGGUAUGUGAGAGGACGACAUGUCAGCCCCGGCUCCCAUAGCUUCACUGCCCGGGGCUGCCUGGGAAACGACGUCUGCAGAGCCGUGACGUCAUCGGAUCGCAGGGCUGGAGAUAUGACAUCAUUUGCGGAGAUGCAUUGUGCAGUGCUAAUGGAGAAGGGCUUCUGAGACUCUGACAGAUGUUUAUGAACAUUCUCAUUGCCAGACUAGGAAUCAUACUAGCUUCUGAAGUGGUCUACAUUGGUUAACGUGCCCCUUGAAGCUCCAUCUCUCCCAGAAGGUCACAGACUGCUCCUGCUGAGCAAAUCCGUGAUACAACCAACAACCUCCUUGUAAGACCCCAAAAAAAUCUGAAUGUUUAAAGAUCAACAAGCAAGUCUUUCCUGGUGGAAUACAAGACAUGACUGACAAUGACAAGAGCCAAACCCUCUAUGGAGAUUACUGGAACAAUAUUUGUACUGAAUUUGCAGAUUGUACUUUCAUUUAAGUGACUGGCCAAUGGAUAACAAAUGUUGAUUUUGGAAGCUAAACUUUGUGUUACAUGUAGGAACUUCAUGACCAAAUACCUUAAGCCAAUGUUUUGUUGACAAGGCGUUUCCCUCGGAGGUGCAAUGCAGAUUUUCUUUUUUUAUCAUGAUUAGUAAAUAUUGCACCACAAGACUUUGCAAAAAUAGUACUUGGAUCCUCUGGUGUAGGUGAUGGAGCCAGAGAAAGGCCAGAAGAACACAAGGAAGUUGGAGGAAGGUGUAAGGAAAAGGCCAAACAAAGGAGAGGAGGUGGAAGGCACGGUAUCUUCAGUGGAAGACUACACAGUUAGUAGCCAAGAAGAGCUUUUACCACACACACAACAUUUCCCAGGCUCCCUGAAGACAACAAGAGAAGGUCCACCUAGGAGAGUAGGAAGACCUUGUAAACCAAAAGUUCCAUUGCUUGGGCAGCUUCACGUUUCAAAAUCACAGCCUGCUUCACCAGCAUUUAUGGCUCCUCAUGUUGAUACAGAGCAUGGUCAUGAGGGCCAAGUAUGGCAAGUUGUAGAUCCAAUACAGUCAGGUCCGUCCAGGUCUUUCUCUUCGUCUGUGUCACAUGCUAGGCUUAGCCGUCCAGCAGAAGACCUCACUCAGAAAUCUUACGUCCAGCGGCCAACUCAGGUUUCUUUAAAGCAAGUAGAUGAUCCUCCUAAAAAGGAGAAGAAGCCCCAAAAGCCAGGCAAAUAUAUUUGCCAAUAUUGCAGCCGACCAUGUGCUAAGCCAAGUGUUCUACAAAAGCAUAUCAGAUCUCAUACUGGGGAGCGCCCUUAUCCCUGUGUCCCUUGUGGGUUUUCUUUCAAGACUAAAAGCAAUCUAUAUAAACAUAGAAAGUCUCAUGCUCACAGGAUCAAAGCAGGACUGGCAUCAGAAAUAAGUGUAGAGACAUAUCCAUCCAACCUAGAGAUGGAAAGGCUUGGAGGAGAAGAAAUUGAUGAUCCAUCAGAAGGGGAAAGCACAGACUCUGAGGAUGAGACAAGCACAAUGUCAAACCUUGUGGAAUUGUCUCCACAACAAAAACAUCUCUUGUCAGCAAGUGAUACCAAAGUUGUGUCAAGGCACCAAGGUACAGCCCAUGAUCUUUUUUCUUUGUCCCAAAAACACAUAUCCCAAACCUCUGAGGAGAGUGUAACAUUCACAGAACCUUCAUCUGAACUCAUCCAGAAAUCAGAAGAUACUCACAGUAUAAAGCAGAAACUGGCACUUAGGUUGAGUGAAAGAAAAAAAGCUAGUGAGGAGCAAACAUUUCUCAGCCCAGGCAGUAAAGGAAGCACAGAGUCUGGUUAUUUUUCACGCUCAGAAAGUGCAGAGCAGCAAAUAAGCCCUCCCAAUACCAAUGCUAAGUCGUAUGCUGAAAUUAUUCUGGGUAAAUGUGGAAGGAUUGGGCAAAGAACCUCCAUGUUAGCCAGUCCUCCUCUCCUAGGGGCUGCAGAGGAAAAAACAAAUAUGGCAUCAAUGUCUGUACCUAGAACACAAGUAAUCGAACAUAUUACGAAACUCAUUACAAUUAAUGAGGCUGUAGUGGAUACUAGUGAGAUUGAUAGCGUUAAACCAAGGAGAAGCUCAUUGUCAAGGAGAAGCAGCAUUGAGUCUCCUAAAGGAACUUUGUAUCGAGAAUCUUUCCAGUUUGAUGUUAAAUCACCAGGGUCCAUUUCCCAUCCAGAUACUAAGUCCUUAUCUGAAAUGACAAAGGCUGAACAUUCAUUCUCUUCCUUUCAGCAGUCCCACAGUGCCACAGAUACAGUGCCUCUUCUUCGAAGCCACUCAAUGCCUUCCUCAGCAUCCACUGCAAGUUCUCCACACCCAUUUAGAGCUAGCUAUUCAUUUGAUGAUAGAAUUGUGGAUUCAGAAGCUUUGAGCCACAGUCAUAUGUUCUCUUCACACCCACGCCUGCUAAAACGACAACCCGCAAUAGAGCUACCUUUAGGAAUGGACUACUCUUUAGAAGAAGAAGGUAGUUUAACAGGAAAAGACAAUGCUGGGAAAUCAUCUGAAGACGUGGAGGGAAAAGAAACUGAAGUUCCUAAAAAGUCAAAAAAAGGGGGUAGAGUAAAGGGUUUGACCUAUGAAUGUAACAUAUGUGGUGCUCGAUACAAGAAAAGGGGGAACUAUGAAACUCACAAAAAAUACUACUGCUCGGAACUACAGAUUUUAAAACCUCCAUCAUUGAGCUCUCAGAGUUCUGUUGAAAUCAGAAAAGAACCAUCAGAACAGGAAACAUGGCCGCAGAUGCUUAGUUACAAGUUAGGGCCAAGUAUAGAAUUAUCUACCUUGCGAAAACGACGGAAAGAAAAGAGUCUUGGAGAUGAUGAAGAGCCCCAAGUUGCUGAAUGGUCUGAAUAUCCAAAAUCUGCCACAGCACUAGAAUCGCACUUUGCGACUUCCACUACAUCCUUGACUUUGAGCACUGAUGCCACUAAACAGUUUGGUCGAAGUGAAUCUACGACCUUGCCAGAUGUAGAGAAUAAAGAGAAAACUACAAUCUCUAAGGAAAUUUCUGUCAUCCAGCAUACUAGCUCAUUUGAAAAAUCUGAGUCUGUUGAAAAGAAGAGUAGUUUUGAUGAGGAAGAUUUGACUUUAGCACAAAUGUCUGUAAGACCUCCUACUCAGUCAUCUCAUCCUUUACAGCCUAAGUUAGUCCGUCAGCACAACAUUCAGGUACCCGAAAUCUUAGUCACUGAAGAACCAGAUAAGCCAGAGGUUGACAUUGAAGAUCCUCCUAAAGAACCAGAAAAAGUAGAAGAGUUCCAGUGGCCACAGAGGAGUCAAACGCUUGCACAGCUCCCUGCAGAAAAGCUCCCACCAAAAAAGAAGAGGUUGCGCUUAGCAGAAAUAGCACAGUCUUCUGGAGAUUCCAGCUUUGAAUCAAUGUCUCUUACCCGGAGCCCUAGUCAGGACAGCAGUCUUUCUCAUGCCUCAAGUCACUCUGUCUCAUUUGAUAGAGAAGAAGGUUCUAAAUCUGAAGUAUUAGGUCCAGAGAGUAUUACUAAGGCACUUGGACAUCACAUGCUCACUGUCCCUUUCCACCAUCACCAUUUGAGAGAAAUGAGGAGGUCUGCAUCUGAGCAAACACCAAAUAUAUCUCAUACAUCACAGGUUUCUGAGAAUCGAAGCAAAUCUUUUGAUUAUGGUAAUUUAACAUCUUCAACAUCUUUGCCAACAGCUCAGGAGCGAAGAAAGUGCUUCUCUCUUCGACAGACUUCUCUAAGCAGACAUGUUGAACUUGAACCUGAACUAUUGCCACGUGACUGGAAAGAAUCAGACAAACCAUCUACUUCAAGCCAAGUAUUAGGCAUGGACUCUCAUGAACAGUCUCCUGGAAUUUCACCUAAAGAGCAGCAAAGUUCUUCGUCCCAACCAAAGCAAAAUCAAAGAAGCACUCAAUCUUUGAGUGAUGAAAUGGAAAACAGCUAUUUAUCACAACAACUAUCAAUAUUUCCAAUACAACCGUUAUUACAUUUGCCUCAGCGUGCUUCAGAACUGUUACCCUCUCAAGUUAUGAGCACCAUAUCUGCUCCAUUUUCUCACCAACCAAUAACGCAUUCUAUGUUUCAUACUCCACCAGUUCCUCUAAAACCAGCUCUUUUGCAUCCAGACCAUGUUCAAAUACCCCAGCAUGUAACUUCUCAUUCCCUGGACAUUCCUGUCAGACCUCUCUCUCCAUUUCUACAUUUGCCUUACUCAGCAUCCUCAUCAUUGCCCCACACAUUCUUUAUGCCUAUACAACCCCACUUUGCUCUUCCAAUGUCUGCACAAGUUGGUUGCCAUUAUCCGCCAAUAAAACCAGAAAUCUCCCCUCCCUCAUCCAGCCUUUCAUCUUCCAAAGAUUAUUUUUCUGAGAGCAUCCUUCCUUCAUCUCAUAGCCCAUUGGCUUUGGAACCUUCUGCACAAGUGACCAUUUCGCAUCCAGGACCUGUUGUAUCAUUAGUUGUCCCAGUCAGAAUUGAGACACAUAUGCCUUCAUAUGGUAAUGCUAUGUACACCACACUGUCUCAAAUGCUUGUUGCACCGCCACCCUGCAGUCCAUCUUCCCUUGUUAUACAUAAAAUCAGUGAUGGACGAUUCGACCUGACUUGUAUGUUACCAAAAGAUGAAAGUAUAGUUAGCGAAUUACCUUACUUACGUGGGCCAUUUCCAAAGACAGACCCAAGCAGUUACAUUCCACUUACUUCUUCUAUUGAGGGUGUCCUGGGAUUUGAUGGAAGCUCAUCAUCUGUUGGGGGCAGUAAACGUAUGUUAUCCCCUGCUGGCAGCUUAGAGCUCACAAUGGAGACCCAGCAACAGAAAAGAGUAAAAGAAGAAGAUGAUCCAGAGGAGAGAGUUCAGAAGCCAUUGCUGAAGGCACAGUCAGUGUUGGAAAGCAGAUCAACAAAUGUAUCUGUUCUUAUUUGCACACCACAAAGCAGAUCACAAUUGUUAACACCACCACCUCCAGCUGUUCUUGAACCAUUAUCAGUGCUAGAAAGGCAAAUCCAGUUAACGCCAACUUCUUUGGGUCAGCCUCUCUUACAUGAAGAAAAAAUAAAAGAAGAUGAUAGCAUAAAAGUUAAAGAAGAAAAAGAUGAUAAAGUUUUACUUGUACCUACUUCAUCCAGUACAUCACCAAGCAAUACAACUGGUUCCCACGAGGAAGCAGAGGCUAAAAAUGUCCCAACAUUUCCAACUCUACAUACAACCACUAAUGUCAGUUGGUGCUACCUGAACUAUGUCAAGCCAAAUCACAUGCAGCAAAAUGAUCGAAGGGCUUCUGUUUAUUCAAGCUGGUGUAUUAGUUUAUAUAACCCAAAUCUUCCUGGAGUUUCAACCAGGGUGGCAUUAUCUCUGCUGAGGUCCAAGCAGAAAAUGAGCUCAGAAAUUUAUACCACUGCUAAUGCUCCACAACCGGAUUCAAAUGUGGCACCCUCCCAAACUCAAAAACCCAAAAUGACAGAGGCUCACAUUCCCACACAAGCACAUAAGGAGACACCGAGAACUAGUAAAGAGGAAGAAACAAGGGUAAAAUCAGAAGACUCUGGUCCAACUGCUAAGCGGGGAGAGCCUUCACGUGUACGGAUCUUUGAGGGAGGGUACAAAUCAAAUGAAGAGUAUGUUUACGUACGAGGCCGUGGCCGUGGAAAGUAUGUGUGUGGGGAGUGUGGGAUUCGUUGCAAGAAGCCAAGCAUGUUAAAGAAACAUAUUCGUACACACACAGAUCACAGGCCAUAUGUGUGCAAGCACUGCAAUUUUGCCUUCAAAACCAAAGGAAAUCUUACUAAACACAUGAAAUCAAAAGCACACAGCAAAAAGUGCCAGGAAUUAGGUUUAGUGCCACCAUCUCUUGCCGACCUGGAUGCAGAGGAAGGAACUAGUGAUGAGCGAUAUCUGGAGAUUGAUGUGGUGGAAGAACAUCAGUUCUCUGACUUGGAAGAUACAGAUGAGGACGAAGAUUCUGAUGGAGAAGAGGAGGAGGAGGAUGAUGAAGAUGAAAGUCAGGAAGAAAAAAAUCCAGAUCUCUCACCAAGUACUGUCACUUCUUAUUCACCUAAUGAGCCUAGACAAAACCCGGACAGUGCAGAUUCCACUUCUGUUUGCCAAUUUUCUUCUCAACAGUUACAGACUACAGAGUCUUCUGGAAAAGAUUCCCAGGCCCUGUUGGCAUCUGAUCAGUCAGUGUCUCAAGAGCUGAUACCCUGUAGACAAUGGGCUUCUGGUAAAGACAUGGGGAGUAGUUGGGCUGGUCCAUCUAGAAGGCAUCUUCUCCAGAAAAGAGAAAGCUCACCAAAAUGUUUUUCACCGACAGGCUGCACCUCACCCCGCAGGGGAAUGUCACCUUGCCAGCGCUUGCCAUCGGCUAGGGAAGUAUCUCCACUACAGUGCGUUUCCCCUCAGCGACUAUCUCCACAUCGAAGUCUUUCACCAAGAGCUUACAUGUCCCCAGAGCGGGGUUCUUCACCACCAGUCCGACAUUUAUCCCCCAGCAGGGAAGUCACAAGUCUGCGUUAUGCAGCCUUUAGAGGUGGACUAGCUUCACCACCACGGUACCCAUCUCCUGGGAGAGAAGAGCCCCAUCUUGCAAGAUCAGAUGCUCAAACCCAGUUAAAAGCUCAGCAUGGAGUAUUUCCAUCUAGAGCUCAACAUCAUGAGACGUCUGAACUUCUGGAGACUUCAGGGAUCAAGAAACUGGGACCAUCUGUUUUCCCUGCUCUCCUAAGAAACUUUAGCACGCCUCAAACUUUGCCAAGGAGUGGAGAAAACUUAUAUACCCAUCUGCCUCUGCACUCGCAGCAUCUUCAGCGGACACCCUACCCAAUGAUCCCUAUUGGGGGAAUUCAAAUGGUACAGGCUCGACCCAGCCCUCAACCCUCUCUAGUAGGACCCAUACUUUCUAAACUGCAUGUAAAAGGUCCUGAUAAGGAGCCACCACAAGGAGGAAUUGAGCAACCACUCAGGACUAACAGGAGAGAGGACGACAGGGUAAUGUCAUCCCCCAGCACAGCCCCACAGAGUUCCCCAACUCCAAGCACUUACUGCCAAACCGCUUGCACUCCAUCACCACCACCUGGAAGACCUCACUCCAGCACUGGUUCCUUAAAGGAAGAGCAUGUGGAAGGGGACGGGUGACUAAACACCUAAACGGGUGACCCCAUUCUCAGAUCCUUCUAUGAUCUCUCCAUAAAAGUUACAGCUUGUAACUGUAAGACGUCAGAGGAAUCCUUUUAAGGAUUACAGUCAUGAGUGUUAAAAAGUUCAAAUACAGCAAUGUGAGAUUUGUUCUGGAUUCCUAAGGGUACAGGGUAAGAAUUGUGUGGAGUUGAGGAAAGGAAACCUGUUAGUGUUGAGAACAGAGAAUCUUUACAAAGUUUCCGAUCGGUAAUGUUUAAUUAGUGUUAAGCAUCCAGGGUAUAAUUAACCCUUUUAGCGUACACAAUUAUUUUUCUUUUAUGGUACUAAAAGACACUUGGACAGUUUUCAGUUAGGAUCAAAUGCAUCCACAUCUAUAAUAUAGAAUGAUAUAUAUGUAUGUAUUAGGAUACACAAUACAGAUCCUUUCCCUCCCAUUCUGGGCUAAAGGGAACAACUUCAUUUCAUUCCAUUUUUUUGUCCCACCAAUUUUUCACACCCCAUAUGCAGUUUAUCUGUGCCUUUUUAUACACAAUUUUCUUUUAAGAUGAAAAAAUAAAUCAAUAAUAAUAAUAAUAAUAUAAAAAAGGAACUUUCUACGCUGUGAAAAAUGUGAAUCUUUUCCAAUGUGCACCUGCUCCUAUUAAUAUUUUAUUGGGGAAAGCCAGAUUUCUAUGAAUUCUUUUUGGCUGUGCUCCCCAUUAUAAUGUGAUCCUGAGAUGUUGGAAGGAAAUGCACUGAAAAUGUUGUUUUUGUUGUUUUUUUUUUUAGCCUGUAUAUACCUGAGUAUAUAUAUAUAUUGGGAUAGGUGUCUACAGUGGUGUACAGAUAUAUUUAUACAGAUUUAUUUAAUUAGAACCGUAUUGUCCUUUCUGUUUUUGCUUUAAGGGUUUUGGGUACAAAAAAUGAAAGCUUUAUUUUUAUUUUAUGUUGUCAAUAAACCCAGCUCUUCUCAAAUGUGAUGAAAGUGGUAGAGCACGUGAUGUGCUGUGGAACAGUGCUGAACGCUGUUGUACAACCACAGUGACUGCAUUGCAUAGUAUCGAGGAGUAUGCAUUCUGGAUGUGAGCGACGUGAGAAUUGUGCGCUGUCAGUGGACAUGCCACACAGCACAGAGUCUCCAUGUAUGGCCCCCGUUUGCUUGGCACAAGGGUUUCUUCCUUGGUGUAAAAUGUAUUAUGUAGGGGUGAUGUCAUGGGACUCUUUGAAGGUCAGUUAGGGAAAGCAGUAGUAUUUUGUUCAAAACAUUGUGCUAUAAUAUUGAUUUCUUGAGAACUUGUCCUCACUCUCAUCUGAAUGGCGAGUGCGUAUGCAUUUUCAUACUCCAUAUACAGUAGAGUUUGCUCCAAUCACUUAUUCACGUUUGAGUGCAAUCUUUGAUGAAGCACUUAUAGAGACGUCUUUGCCUAGCACCUUAUUUCCCUUGACUCUUUCUUCCAAUUCCCCUGUGUGUCUUUCAAGUAUACCAAAUUUACGGUACUUUUUUCAUCAAUACUUUGACACCCUUAUCCCUGAUCUUGCACUUUUUUUAGUUUGUGAAGUUUGGGUACACUUUUUAUGAACACUUUUAGCAGAGCCAUCCUUAUAUCUAUUGCAGAACCCCCCCAACAAAAAUUCUUAAGGAUGGCGGUCUAAGCACUUAUAUAUUUCUCAAGUAAACUAUCAAGUACCUUAUUUUCUAUUUACUCUCCUCAGCUUGAGUCUGCCCUUUGCAUAACUUAAGAUCAUCCUAUUAUUUGGUGUCCAUUGACCAUCUUUAUGAUAUACACAGCAUACCUUCUUUAAUUCAGUCACUUUAAGUAUGUAUAUCUGUGCAUAGUAAUUCUGUGACCUGACAGCUGACACUGACUUUGUACUAAAAAAUGACUGCCAUAACUCUGAGCCAAGAGGACUUUUUCUUGCAUGCCUGCUCGUAUAACUGGUGCUUAGAUAUGUCACACAUACUGCUGUUUGACAGGAGCUUGCACUACGUGGACAUCAGGAUUUGGGGGUUUUCUAUGGUAUUUUUUUUCUUGUUUAUUGACAUAUGGUAAUGGCCAUAUUUAUUUACCUAUAAUAAUAAUUAUUACUAAGUGAAAUGUUUUUGGUACUUGUGUAUAUAUAGUAAGAGAACACACAAGCAUUGAAAGCAGACAUACAUUUAAAGCAACAUUAUCCUCAACAUUUUUUGAUUUUUUGAUACUUUGUGUUAUUCUCAAAGUGAUCCAUUUUAAUAGGACUUUUUGGGGAAUUACCUGUUAGAGAAAAAGUAGGCUAUUUCUACAUGCUACCUCAGCUGAAGUAGUAUUUGACUCAAUGACGAUGGAUAGGGCUGGUUUUGUUGCUUUAAAGACAAAUUUGUAAGUUAUGGAAAUAGCAUCGAUGAGAAAGCUUGUGAAGAGUCUUUUUAUUUAUUUUAGUAGUAAAACAGGCCCUAAAAUGUUGUAACUUUGGGGUUCCUAAGUUUGCCAAAGCAGAACAGACGUUUGGCACAGAUCAGUACUCUGGAGGCUUCUAAAGGGAUACAGUGUGAAACAAGUAUAAAUGUGUACAGAUGACUGGCGUAUCGUUCGGGAAGAAGAAGCCUUGAUGUGCCGUUCACUGCACUCAUUCAGAAUCUUCCAUGCAUUGAUCUUUGUUGAAAAGUCACUUAACCAAUCAACACUUAUCAAGAUUAUGGAAAUCCUCCAGUUACAGAAUUAUAGGGAAUGUUUUACUGUCAGAUUGGACUAAUAUUCACAUGCAAUGCACCUUUUUAUGUACAAAGCAAUGAAUUGUAUUCAGUUAAAUCAGUCCAAUGCCAUAUAGAUCAUUAAACCUGAAAUACAUAAAAAUCCAAUACAAAAACACAUCCUGCAAAUACAGUAUAUAUAUAUAUGCAAAGAAUCACAAUCCUUGAAUAAAUACUUUCUGGUGUGUGUGGAAUACAAACUAUAUUUAUCAGGCAUUUGUUAUGAAACCCAAAGUAUGUUUGGUAUGUUAUAAGAAAAUAUCCAGUAUUCAGGUUUGCUGCACUUACUAUGUCUUGUAGUCUUAUUUUGCUCUUUUUCAGACAGACUUGCUGCCAGUCACCAUUUAUAGUAAGUGGCUUUGAUAAAACAUUAAGUUAAUAAAGCUUGGAAUAUAUGGCCUUACAGAGCUCCAGUGUCCAGAUUUACAGGAUGCGCAUUGAAUCUUGUGACUAGUUGAAAGAAAUAAAAGUGUGAUAUUUGGCACUGGUUUAGUUGGUUUAGUUCAUUCCAAGAUAGAAAAAAGCUUUGGGCCUAGUGAUGCAAAAAAAACAUGCUUUAGUAUUAGAUAUUAAAAAGAGUUUUAAAGAAUAAAACAUUCCCCCUCACUGUCCUGUCUUUUGUUACAUGCACGUCAUACGUUAAGACAUAGGUUUGAUGCCUGAGAUUUACUGUAUAUUAAUUAUCAGCCUUAAAAGAUGUUGUGGUUUUGUAUGCAACUUUUCUUAAAAUACUGAAUGUGUUUUCAUUUAACAAAAUCUAUUUGAUUCCAACAUUUCAAAUAAACCUGGAAAACCAAUGAGGAUACAAGCCAUACCAUAAGAACAGAGUCUUUGGAGUUUUGAAAUUACUAUAAAUGUUUACUGAUUAGUAAUAUUGCACAUAUUUAAGUCUAUUGGGUUCUUUUUUCCUGUAUAAACUACUGGGAAUCUGAGAGUGGAUGUUUUGUUACUGAAAAGGCUAUUCCAGCAUAAUAAUUUUUUUUAUAUGUAGCUGGGGGGGGGGGGGGGGCUGAGAAAUAUAAAAGAAAUAAUGUUUACACUGUGAUUAUGGCAUACGUCACUAGUAUCCAUAAUCAGCUUCUCGAGUACAGCAGUGGGUGCCUAUGUCCCGAAUGUAGUCCUCUAGUGACUACUUUCAGAUCCCUUUCUGCUGAUAUAUGCUAAGUUAACAGGGCUCAAUAGUGUGGUCUGCUGUGCUAUUGAUUCCCGUUAUAUUAGUGUAUCCCAGCAGAGAGCGGCUCGAUAGUAAUCACUAGGUUACUAGAUCCGGCCAUUGAAAUAAAAGGUGCCACUGCUGAACGCCACAGUAUAUAUGGCAUCUCGUUGGCGGGAUGACAACAGAUACCUAUGAUGUACAUCAUAAACAGUGUGAAUGUAGCCUAAUAUACUUACUCUGGUCUUCUGCAGCUCCUGUUUCAGCUCCUUACAGUCCCCUCUUGCUUACUGCUUGUUCAUUCUUCUGAGACAGGCAAUGUUAGCAGGACCUGUCUGCUUAGCCAAUCACGACUUAGGUGGGACACCACUGCAUGCAGUGAUUGACUUCGUGGGCAGAUUUUGAUGAGAACGUUUGUCUCUGAUGGAAGAAUGAAAGGUGACCAGUGAUGGACCAGAAGAAGCUGGAACGGAAUCUGGGGUUGAGGACAGGGUAGGUAAGUAUGACCUAUUUUUAUAGCUUUACCAGCACCCCAACAACAUGUAAAACAUUGUAUUAUGCUGUAAUACCCCUGUAAGCAUACUCCCUAGAAGUAUUGUUUCUAAGGAAGAAUACCUUAUAUUACACUGCUGUAUGGAGACUCUAUAUAGUGACACAGGGACUUGCUCUCUGCAUAUGCUCUGUCAUAUGCAUGAGGCUUUAUGGCUUAUAUCCUCAGUGGUUCCACAGACCUUUUCCACCAUUUGUCAAAUUAUUAUGUUCUGUGUCUUGUGUCUUUUGAAAUUUAUGAAUGUCAUUGUCUAAUGUUAUACUACCUAAUUUGUAUUUUAGGUUUAUUAGUCCUUUAAUAUUUCCUUUAAGGGACAUGGGAAAACAACUUAAUUUCUUAAAUACACAUCCUUUAAUACAUAUUUCUUUAAUCCAGUAUCCUUUGACAUAGGAGCUCCAGCCUCUACGCUGAUAUUAUUAUGAGCCUUUAUGAAAUAAGAUGGAGGUGGACAAUACAGGCUACUAGUUGUGGCAGACACCAGACAACUUUGUCACACAAGCUUUUUCUCCAAUAACCAGGGUAGUGUAUCUCCAACUAACAGCAUAUAGUAUUAUAAAGAAACAAAACAAGGGGUGUUUGUUUUCUUUAUAGAAAUCGGUGGGCAUUGGGUAAACCCUUACACAUAUAGUUUAUUGGAAUAGUGGUAAAUAUACAAGGAAAAGCAAAACUUGAUAAGAACCACUGCAUUCAGGUGCCUUCCAGUCAAACCACAUCUAGAUAUAGAAGAACAAUUCCUUGCAGUGAUGCUGAGGGUUUAGGUAAAAGCACAGUGUUAUGUUCUUAUAAGAGAGAAAAUUUCUAAGUAAUGUUACAUUUCGCUUCCUGGCAGCAUAUACAACCAGAUAAAUGGUAUAAGGUUUGGGGCUACACAGAGAUGUUAAAUUGCUGCGUCGCACUUAGUUAAGUAUAUGGGCUCACCCUGCGAUUCACAAGGGACCGCGACUUGACAGUCGCAAUUAAUACAUCAAAGAUGGAUUUCUUGCAUCUGUUGAGUUGUUGAUGUUGCCACUUGUGGGUCUCAGUGUGACCCCCCCCCCACACCCCAUUUACUUACUUGAGGUGCGACGCAGCACAAUCCACACGUCAUGCGCCAUGUUAAUUUUUGGUUGCACAACCCCUGUCGUACUUUAUUAAUGUAAAAAGGUGAAAUAAACAGCAGUGGGUUCACUAUUCUUGGAGGGUUGUUUGCAGUGUACCUAAUAUGCUUCCUCAGAAUUGCCCCAUCUUCAUACUGGGUCACACAUGACUUUCUGAGGCUUUGAGGAUUGGUAAACCUCCCACAUUUUUGUCUAUUAUAUUCCAGCUAUUACAUACCACGAGCCUCAUUUAACUUAAAAUGUAUUAUAAAUGAUAGUCAGAAGAUGACCUACAAGCAUUUUAUACUUGCCUUUCCUUUGCAUGCUAUAUGAAUAAAUGUUGCUCUCCAAUUCCGGUACCAACAACAAUCUGUAAUAGUUUAUCUAGAAACAUUUUAACAAGUGAGGGAAGUAAAACAAACAAAAGAAAAAAUAUGUCGCCUGGGAUUAAAUAGUUUUAAGCUGAUAUACGAAACAAAAAGUUUGUUAUAUAUGUAUUUCUAUACUGUUCAUAGUUCCUUGUGUUUCUCAUCCAAAAGUCUUCAUUUGUUUGUUCAUUGUUUUAUUCUCUGCCCCUUUUUGUUACCCUCAUCUAUUAAUAUUUCUGCACUUACUUGGCCAUACUUUGCCCAUCUGUCACACAUAGGGUAAACAAGCCAAGUUUCUCCUCUUUCCCUAUUUGGGGUAAGGGGUAAUUUUACCUUUUUCCUGUUAUGAAAUGGCAAUACAUUCCUAUGUGCGCAAGCUAAGGUGCUGUAAAGUUGUAUAUACAUGCAGUGGGUUGUGGGUGGGUUUAGUGGUUGGGUUGGAAAAUGCAUCAGGGGUUUUUGCAGGAUAUAAAAUGGUGGGAGAGAUGUGAAGCACAGAAUGUCAGCUUAUUGUAAAUGAAGAUACAAUGGACAAUAAAAAUUUGUUGAAGUAUUUUAAUGCAAGAAAAACCACCAUUUCUGUAAAUGACCUGCUCCAUGAGUAAAGAUAUUUCUCUCUGUAUAAUAUUCCUCUUUAUAUAUACAUAUAUUAGCCCAGCUGGUAAGACUGGCAUGGGAACAUUUUUAAUAUUAAAGAGAAAAGAAAAAAAAAUACUAAGGAAAAGAACUGAGCAUGUGGAAAUAAAUUUUUACAUU